AGUGACGUGACCCGGCGCGUAUUUAGAAGUGCGUUACAGUGUCAUUUCCGUUUUCCCCUCAUUCCCGACCGUGUUUUUCGUGGUUUCCGCCAAAGUCUUACGCACCGGCCUCCUUCAUGUCCAAUAAUCCAAACCAACCGCCAAAAAUCAUCAUUUCGAACCUGAGCGGCAAUGUGCGGUUUGAAGAUAUCGAACAUCUGCUGUCCCAACAUGGCCGAGUGGUGUCCUGUGACAAACUCACAUCUAAGGACCCAAACACUCAAACUGUCGCCAUUAUGUACGAAACAUUGGAACAGGCACAGGAAGCCGCCAGUCAACUGAACGGCAUCGAUGUCGAUGGUAAACCCAUCAAAGUAGAAAUGGCGGUAGAUAAAAAGGGUAGGCGAGGACCUAGGGGACCUUCAGCAUUUGGGGGGCUGCCCGGACAGAGCAGACAGACUGAUUUCCCUCUUAGGAUACUUGUACAAAGUGAUAUGGUGGGCGCCAUAAUAGGUCGUCAGGGUUCGACGAUUCGUCAAAUAACUCAACAGACUCGCGCACGAGUUGAUGUCCACCGCAAGGAUAAUGUUGGAGCUCUGGAAAAGGCAAUCACCAUCUACGGCAAUCCUGAGAACUGCACGAAUGCUUGCAGGAGGAUCCUGGAGGUCAUGCAGCAGGAAGCAAAUAACACAAACAAAGGUGAGAUCUGCCUGAAGAUCCUAGCCCACAAUAACCUAAUCGGUCGCAUCAUCGGCAAGGGCGGCAACACGAUCAAGCGCAUCAUGCAGGAGACAGACACUAAAAUCACCGUGUCCAGCAUCAACGACAUCAGCUCGUUCAACUUGGAACGGAUCAUCACUGUGAAGGGUGGCAUUGAAAACAUGAGCAGAGCUGAGGCUCAAAUCAGCGCCAAAUUGAGGCAGAGCUACGAGAACGACCUGCAAGCUAUGGCACCGCAGACGAUGAUGUUCCCCGGGCUCCAUCCUAUGGCGAUGAUGGCCACGGCAGGUGAGUCGAAAGGCAUCGGCUACGGUUCUCGCGGCCUGUACGCCGGACAAGCGCCCUACCCGAUGUACCCAAGUGCCGCGGCAGCUGCAGCGGCAGCCGCGGGAGGCCCAGGCGCGGCAGCCGCGGCGGCCGGGGAUUCCCAGGAGACCACGUACCUGUACAUCCCGAAUAACGCGGUGGGUGCCAUCAUAGGCACCAAGGGCAGCCACAUCCGCAACAUCAUCCGGUUCUCGGGGGCUAGCGUCAAGAUCGCGCCCAUUGAUGAGAGCAAGCCGCAAGAGGCUCAGACGGAGAGAAGAGUCACUAUUGUUGGUACGCCUGAGGCGCAGUGGAAGGCGCAGUACUUGAUCUUCGAAAAGAUGCGCGAAGAAGGUUUUGUCGCGGGGAGCGACGACGUACGCCUAACGGUCGAGAUCACCGUCCCCAGUGCGCAAGUGGGUCGCAUCAUCGGCAAGGGCGGGCAAAACGUUCGCGAGCUGCAGCGCGUCACGGGCAGCGUCAUCAAGCUGCCAGAGGCUCAGCAACAAGGGGCGGCACCUGGGGGGCCCGCGCAGUCGGCAGGCGGAGCCACCACGCCGCCUGUGCAGCCUAGCGGAGGCAGUGAGGAGGAGACUACGGUGCAUAUUAUCGGACCUUUCUUCAGUGUACAGUCCGCCCAGCGUCGAAUCCGCGCGAUGGUCCUCCAAUCUCUAGCGCCGCCUGCCGGCCGACGUCCCCGGCAACAGAAAGAGGCGGGCGAGCACGCGAACCGCGACGGCUCGAGCAGUGGAGGAGGCGGUGGGGGCGGUCCGACGCCAUCUACUGAGCAACAGACGCAGUAGGAGGCGGCAGCCUCGCCCUCUAGCGGGCCAUACGAACACUGCCGAUUUACAUCGGGAGCGAGGCGACGCGAAGCGUGCAACGAAAUGGAAGUUGAAGGUCAUAAAAGGUCGGAUCGCCGCCUCCACGGACAUACCUUGGGGGCGGCGUAUUAAGUGGAAAACUGGCGUGAAAAUGAUGAGAGAUCUAAGUAAUUUUGGGUGGUUCUCGGAUAGUGUCCUACCUAUUUUUAAUUCUGGCGCUACUAUAACAGUACUUGAAAUCAUUUUUAUAGGAGUGAGAUCUUGCAAAAAGAGGGAAAUAUGCGGCGCGUUUCCCUAUAUUUAAUGCCAUAUUGUAGCUUUGCUUGUGAAAUACUUUCUUAGUCAUGGUGGUCCGAAUUUAUCAAUCAAUACAAUUUUAAAGUUUCUGAAACUAUAGAAGUAGUUCCAGAAUAAGAUUGCAUUAUAUAGAGCAUACAAAAAUAAUGCCACAAGUUUCUAAAAACGAUAUCCUUCCACCACUUCGAGGAUACAGACUCCUAAAUGAUACUGGAAAUCGUUUUCUUUUUCAAUAACUUUCGAACGGCAGUAUAAUUUAAGGAACUUCGGAUAGAAUAGUAACCAGUUGGGGUCUCACAUGGCAUUGUCACAAUAUUGCUGCUUUUUUAGGCUGUAUAAUAAUGGCUCAAAAAUAUCUUUGAGAAGCGUUGAGCUGAAGUAAACGUAUUUUUGUUUGAUAUGGAUAGAAUGAACCCUUUUUUGAGGAAACCAGCAUUUUUUAGAUUCUGUUCCUAUAGAUUCAGAUACCCAAAGAGUUCAACUAAAAAUUGAAACCCGACCCGAGUCAUCUGAGAUUUUAUAUCCCAAGGUUCUUUUUAUAUCUGAUUACGCAACUGUUAUCAGAAAGGCUAUAUUCUCAAAAUGGCGGAAACAGUAUGCUGAAUCCGAUCAAUACCAAAAUUGAUAGAACUGAUUGUUGCAAUUGUUGAUAACAUUAUCAAAAUUUUGUUAAAGCAUCCAACACAUUGCGGUCUUAUUCUGAAACACUGUUUAUUGUUGAAUCUGAACAAUAAAAUGGUUUCACAAAAACCAUCUACGAUUCUACUUUUUUUAUAUAAAAUUUGCAUUAACAUUUUUUUUUUUUGAAGAGUGAAAUUACGCCAACUGAACGAAUACAGUAAACUCAGAUAAUAAAAAACUAGAUCUCAUCAUUGUCCGCCCAGUUUUCAACUUUCCUCGCCCACCAUCCCCUCUACUUUUCCCCCUCCAUUCUCGAGAGACGACGAUCCGGCCUUACAAAUGCUUCGCGUCUGCCAUCUACAAUCUACCUCAACAAAUCAAAAUACGUUAGGUUCAUAUAGCCAUAGAAAUUUCCGUUAUAUUUACAGCAACCAACCAUUGCAGAUUCAGUUGUUAUUACUUUCUGUUAUACACCCCUUCCACAUAGCAGAGCAUCAAUCUAGGGACGAGUUGGGUCAUUAAUUCAUUAUAAAUGUCAUUUAUGUUAAUUAUACAUAUUUAAUCUCAUAGAUAGAUAGAUAGAGGAAAACCUCGCAUUCGUUGGAGACAUUUUCUAUGUCGCUAAUUUAUUUGAAAUAUUAUUUAAACAAUAGGCAGCCAGCUUCCGCCUGGUUCAUAUUAAGGGGAAUCCCACAAACGUAAUUAAGAAAAAAAAAUCGCAUUGGAAAAUCGUUCCCACGAUUGCGAGGUUUUCACCUAGUCUAUUAGUGUACUUGUAAAUAAUUACAGUAUGUGUUGUUAUACAUUGUUUCACUACAUUGAAUGUGGCCAUAUCCACGUUGAAAGUUGAAGCUUAUAUCACCUAAACAUUGUUGAUCACCUACAGUGAGGUUAGUUGUAAUGUUUUUCCUAGCCUCACAAAGUUGCAGUGGCUUUGAGAAACGUCAUUGGAUUUUGUUUCUGAUGUUAUUUCAUGGAGCAUAUGUUACCAGCUGUCAAAUGUCGAGAUUUCCCAGUCAUUCAAGGUCAUUAAUAACAGUGCUAUGGCGGUUUUAGGUGUCAACUUAACUACAGCUACAAUUAUAAUACGUUAUAUAGAUACAUAUUUAAAACUUAGUUAAACAACUGGAGUUUUGUUAAUAUAUUGACCUCUACUAAUCAAACUAUAGUUACAGAUUUGUUUAUAUAUGAUCAUACUAAUCAAAGUGUAAUUUAUAAAUGUUGUACAAUCACAAUAAUUGACCUGAUCAAGAGUCCCUAGAUUGACUCUGUUCCAUAUAAUUACCAUAUUUAUUCUUUGUUGUAUAAAUAUUACACAAUAUAUAUAAAACUACCUGAACUAAAUGGACUACCAAAGAUGUAACUGUAAAAGAACACGACUGGCGUUUUCUCGACGACAACUAUUUUAGGAGAAAUCGUGUUCCAAAUACUACUGGAUUUUGACAGAUUGAGAAUCGAAUGAACCAUUGACUGUGAAAUAUUACACCAUCUGAAAUGUUCUGGCAACUACCUAGGAAAUUGAAGAUCUUAUGACUGGGACCAUAACAUUAAAAUAUACAAAAAACACGCAUUUUUAAAUGUUAUGGGGAGUUGCCAUUGUCGGAGAUUCAUAGGCAAUGGGUCAGAUUUUACCCAGCUUCAGCAUAUCGAAAGAAGAAAACUAAAAAUCGAACCGAAAGACCACAGCAGCAGCAGCAAAACUUGGAAAAUAUUGGAAAACGACGCAAAAAAUAUGACCAGUCAACGUUACAGAAAUCUUGAAGAGUCCUACUACAAUACUACAUCAAAAGGCGUAAAGUUCCUCUUCUAGUACAGACGGUAACCGUGACUGUUAUUUGUUUUUUUUUAUAAUUAUAGAGUGUGAAUGUGAAAAAUCAAAAGCUUUAAGUAUUGUGCGCGCGCGCAGAACUAUAUGAGUGCAGGGCUGAGAAACCAAAGGAGACUUUUUGAGUUUUUUUAAUUAUGUAGGGUAAAACCAUGCAACGAGAUGCGUCCAAGGAGCGCACCGAAGGGAAAGUGUGCGUAUGUUUGACAAAGACAUUUUUUUAAUUAUUAUUGUUAGGAGAUUGUUAAUGUUUUGAGACAAGCAGCGCGCAUUAAGCCUCGAGAAGUAUUAUUUGUUAGAAGAUAGUUCGAGGCUGGUGUGUGGUGUGUCACACUUCAAUGGGAUGCAACUAUCCACUUCAGAUAGCAUUUAAUUCAGUAAAAAUAGAAAAACGUUUCGUGAAAGUUUCAUUCAGAUUAUAUACUUCUUUACCAUAGCAAUGGUACACAGGUGACAGUUGACAACUGCACAGCUCUGUUUGUCAAUAACUAAUGGGUGAUUCGUUUAAAGAUAUUUCUUUCAAAAGUAAAAACAAUCGACUGUGUUAUGUAGUGCCGCCCCGUUUUGUUGAAACCAAACAUUCUAAAAUUCAGCUGUUGGGAUGGAUCAUUGAAACACUCGAAUGAAAUGUACAAAAACUGAAUAUCAAGAAUGCUUUCUUUCUUCUAUAAUCAUGAUUACCCGGUUCAGUGCAUUUUUUUGUGUUUUUUCUUUUUAAAUAAGUACCUCUAAAUGAAUCACCCGUUAGUAAAAAUUUCUCUACUUACAACUUGAUAUUUCAUAUGAAAAUCUGUUGUUGAUGUGUUGAUCCGUGGGGUGUUGCUGUUGUGAUUGUUGUGGAUUUUAGGCCUAGGUCCUAUAACACUAUCUAUUCCUAUAAUUCCGUGGUUCAAGUAGAGCAUUGACUAACGUAUUCUGUCUGAAGAUAGCCAACCUAAUACUAUAUUUCCCCGUCCAAAAAAUUAUCUGAUAUGGAAUGAGAUACCGUAGCAUCAUCUAUGAUAAUUUGUCACACUAAUUGGAAAUCUACUUUGAAAAGGAUAGUAUCUCAUAGAAGGCGCUGUAACCAAAUAUAUACUAUAUGCUAAUAUAGUUGGCUACAGUGCCAUCUAUGAGACACUAACCUUUUCAAAGUAGAUUUCUAACUAGUGCAGAGAGGAGAAACAUAGGUGUGACAUUUUCUCAUAGACGACGCUUCGAUAUCUUCAUCCCGGAUAUCUUUUUAGACGGGAAUAUAUUAAUAGGAUAGCUAUCUUCAUGUAGAAUAAUACCUUAAUGAAUGUAGUUUAUAUAAAAGUUCAUUAUUAGAGAAAAGAAUCUUUAAAUUUAGUUUAAAGGUAAAACUUUUAAACACAAGUCUUACCUUUGAAUUUAGAUUAAAAGUAUUUGCCCUAAAAUUUAAACUGGAUUUGAACCAUCAUUUAUGAAGGGUAGAGGAAGUAUAAUGGGACUUUGGUCUAUAUGAUAUAUACCCAUCAGGAUAGGACGGAUAAGGCUUUCAUCUCGAUAUAGCCUUAUCACGACUAGAUGCCUUGCGUCAAGGCAGUAAGUCGUAGUCCCAAAUAGUACAAAUUCGGGAGGUAUAAAGGUAUGGGCACUUCUGAGCCCUUAGAUCCGACUAUAGUGUUCGAAGCGACGAUAUGUCUAUGAGAUAAUCUGACAAAAUAUCACACAAAUUACAUUGUCACUGCCUAUUUUGAUCCACUUUUCUAUUCUCAAGGUUGAAUAUCAUUUUCAAUAAAGCACGGUAUUCCAUCUGUUAUGAAAACCAAAUAGGCAUUGAACUUUUGGAUUUUUCCGUCAGAUGGACCUUGUAGAUGUCCGUCGACAAUCUAUAUAGUCGGACCCCUAAUGUAAAGUAAAUAUUUUUGAUAAAAAUUGUUUGUUGGGGAGGAUAUUUUUUGUUACAUUUUUAAAAAUUUAAAACAAAAAAUCGAGCCUAGUCGAGACUAGCGCUGAAAAAUUGUGGAAAAUGGAUAUAUUAUUAUAUAAUAUAUAUUUAUUACUUUUAUGUAUAAAUGAAAAAAAUAAAUUAUUUGUACAGAUCUUAUAAAGUGUGCCAAAGUGCAAGAAUGUUACCAAGAUAACUGCUUUUAUUUAUAAAAAAUGUUAAGAGUGAAGGGUACACGACGUAUUUAUUUUGGCAGACUGAAGAUUUUCAGUAGAGUUCGACAAAUUUUCUCGUCACUUUUGGAUCAAAUUGAGGAUUCGCACUUUAUAGCAGAAAAAUCAAACAACACUAAAAAAAUGUCAGUUUCAUAUGUCUUAAACUCACUACUUUAACAGCAAGAUAUGGGUGAAAACAUCACUAAAUCUAUUUUUUAUUCGUAUUCUAGAUCCAUAUAUUUUCAUUUUUUCCAUAUAUUUGCCACAGUUCCACAAAUCUAGUAACAGAUUUUUCUUCUGGUAAAGUGGAAUAACCCCAAAACAAAAACAUAAUAUUUUUUGAUACAAUCAUAUAAUCGUACAAAAAGAUUUCGAGUACAAAGCUGUCAAAUAAAAAACUAGUUUUGAAAAUAUCUAGUUGCCCGAUCCAUUCUUUCACAGAACUAAAAAGACUACAUCAGUUGAAAAAAAAACGCACACUACUAUAUCGUCUUUUUCAACAUGUUUAGCAAUUUCGAGGACAAAUAAACGAUUUAACCAACCCCCCACCCCCCCCCCCCCAAAAAAAUAUAGGUAUAGUUUUUGCUUCUGAAAACUCGUGUCUAGAAGAACUGUAGACAUAAUGGUACUAUAAGUUUUAGCCUGGGGUUUAGAUUUGGCACCCAGAUCGACUAAUUUUACCAUCUUUGAAGUUACGUUGACGUGCCGAACUUGAAGUAAAGCUGUACCUAUAACAAGAGUGAUGAUUCUAAAAAAAAUAAUCAGACCGAAGCAUGAUUGCAGUAAUGUUACUAUCUCCAUGCGGUUAUACACUUUUAAACGAGAUGAUAUACACUUUCUAGAGCAUUUUGAUUGUUCUUUGGAGUCAGUUUCAACCCGACCUGUUAAAAAAACAGUCCCCUCAAAAAUUGGCAUUUGUAUUUUUGCAAUUAUCACUUGCGUCUGUCUAAAAAUCUACUUCAUUUAGUGAAGCUUCAGACUGAAAAACAUUAGUAAAAUCUCAGGUAAGGCAAAAAUACAAAUUCUAAUAUUUGAUCUCUAAAACGAAACUGUUGCAUUUAUAGUAACCAAACCACACAAUAUAGACAAUUUUUCGAUUGCCCUGUCAUUGAGAGUCAGUCAUCUGCCUGUAGUUUUGAUUAUACAACUGGUGAAAUGAUAUAGAGGAUAGUGUGAAGCUACUGAAUUCAGUUAGCAAAAGUUUUCUGAAGACUCCCAGAAUCGGAUUCUUCAUGGUAAUAGAUUGUGUGUUUAGCCAAGGAAGUUGGAGACUGAUGAUCUAGAUAGGGUAACCCAAACGCAUUUAUUUGCUGUUAAAUGGUAAAAAUGGUACCAAAAACCAAACAAAACCCAUUUCUUGACUAACUUUGAUCAAACCUAUAACAGUGGUAAUAAUAGUUUUUGAUUUAACAGAAAAGAUUUGCUCCUUUUUAAUGAAGGUUUAGAGUCGUCCAAGGCUUUUACCCUUUGAUCUGACCCUUUCAUGAGUUCAGAUCAACUAUUUUGUUUUUUUAUUUAUAAAAUUGUACUUAACGUAUGAUCCAGUUUCUGCAAAUAUGGACGUACAUGCGUCAUGUAUAUGUUCGAUCAAUAACUAUUAAAACCACGUUCGUAUUCCUCAAAUAUAGGCAGGCAUAGUUAAAACAGUAUAAAAAUAGGUGUAUCAAUGUUUGCUAUGGAAUAUUUUAAGAAAAAUUACAGCCAUAUGUACAAAGUCUUUUGAGUUUUCCCAAACAAGUGACACUGAAAAUGACGUGGAUUGUCAUUCGAUUCGCUGCAAUUUUCAACAGUUUUUUUUCUCAUUUUUGCGCCCUGCUAGACAAAAUUUGUCUAUGAUCAAAUUUAUUCAUUAAUGGGCAUAAAUCUAUAGUUAUAGUUUUUUCUUUUUCAGUAUGAUUACAUAUUAUAUAAUUACUUUCUUUAUGUUUAUAGAAUUUAAAGCAUUUCUGGGAGACCAGAAACUACAAUACAUUUAUCCGAUACGCAAAAAUAUUGUUUACUGUCACUGUCACAGCUUGAAAUCACCUUAUAUGGUGACACUGACAUAUAAGAGCGUACAGUAAGUUAAGUUUUAGCCAAAGUUGCUGGGUGACAUUUUGUGUAGCUAUGCUUUCGAAAAUGGUCAAUUGUAUUUUUAUAUUUUAAGUCGAAUUUGAAUAUCUUCCAUAUUCGCAAAAACAUUGACAAAGCUAGUUGUAAAGUGUUGUCUAGUAAAUUUGGUGUUAUCAAAUCAGAGUCAUAAGGUGUAAAUGUUGCAUCUUUACUUAUAUGUACACACAUAAUAUCUUUUCCGGUGAAUUUCAUAGUUUGUCGUUUUUUAUUUGAGUGUAUGAUUAUCUUUGAAACACAUAGUUUAUAGUACAUGUUAUAACACAACGCUGGAUGGAGACUGAUGUGCAAACCAGCCCAUAUGUAGAUUUAGUAAACUUAGAACCGGAUAUUGUACCAUAUUUAACAUAAAAACUACACUUUGGACAGCGCUAUCCGCUUCAUCUCUGUAGUUUUAGAGCUAGCUAUAGGGAGAGUAACAUACCUAGGAAUUUCUUGGUGUCAGCAAAACUGAAGCCCAGCCGACACAAGUGCAUUGGAAAAUGUAUGGGAUAUGUAUCUGUAUGCUGCUAGUUCUAUAGCCAGCAUUUCAUCUAUGCUCUGCGAGAUAAAGGGGAAGUUGUUAUUCCUAUAAGAGUAGUUUUUUCUAAUCCAUUUUCAGCUAGUUCCCUCGAGCACUUAACCCUAAGCUGACACUACCAAUUUUAGUAUUUGUACACUAUCCGAUCUAAGAUGAUAUAACUACCUCAGUAAUUAUAUAUUUCUAUAAAAAUAAUUUGUUGUUCAUGUUUUACUUGGGUAUCAAUAUAAGAUUACUUUUAAGAACUUUUCGAACAUCAGAUCUCCAAGUGUCUGUAUUUGUAAAAGACAAAAUGAAACAAGGUGAAAUCAAUUAGAUCCCAUGUAUGCUUGCAAACUCCAAGCCUCUACAAACGUUUGGCGGUUUGAGGAACCAUCCGCACGUUUGCGAGUGCGUAACUGUGUUCAGGUAAAGCAAGCAUUAUCGACGCAAAACCUUUCGUUCAAACUGAAGAUAAUGAAAAAGUGUACAAUAACUGUGAAAUAUAAUAAAUGUCUGUUAUGUAUGUUCCUAGAGAACGUAGCUCAAAAUGGCACAGCUAUCCAUCAGAAACUCAGUUAUGGUUGUCUUUAUGGAAUAAACAGAAUCGUGAUCGUGUGUACUGGUUCACACCCCUUGCUGGCUCCCUUUCACUCCCAACUCAAGAAAAGACUCGAUGAAGAGAGAUAAAGAGAGUGCCGUACUGUCGUAUCUUUAUAUCAUAAAUCGCAUCACGCGUUUGAAUUUGUAACGGCUUGCUGAGGUUUGCCAAGCGUGUAGAUGUUUUAUGAUAUUCAGCUAUGAAAAAUAUGUCGUUAUCUUCCCAUCUAUGAACAGAAAAUAUACCAGACAUUGGAGUUCAUGAGUUCGAAAGGUCCUGUAACUGGUGAAUACUAUUUGUACAACAGUUAUUAGUACAUAGAGAAAUUUGUGUCUGUGUGCCAUUAUUGUUUUCCAUACAUAGCGGUAAUACUGAUUGUAUGUGCUACUCUUGUUCAUGGUGCUAACAUUUUCAAAGGUGCUUGGUAAUUGUUAUAUCGUUACCGUUUUCGUUAACACCUGUAACAUAAGUACAUGUACUAUAUACAGAAUAGCUUUGACAACUCGCAUCCGCAGUUUUUAUUAAGAUAUAUUCAAAAGUAAUUCAGAAACUGUUUCGACGAUAUAAAAACUUGUGGAUCAGUGAGUUUCAAAUUGCCCAAAUCUAUACAUCAACAUCUACAAAGAAACUUACUCGAGUAUGUAACAAGUAUGAAUAUUUUCUCAGGAACUUAGCUCAGGUUUUUUACAUUGAAACACGCGUUUAUUUUUUAUAUACGCGUACAGAUUCUAUUGCAGAACCAACUAAGUGUAAUUGUUUACAAUGAAUAUCGAACUUUACGAUUUUUUAAUAUAUCGCGUAGAUGAUGAUGAUAAUUAUAAGUUUGGAAAGUUGGUCAAUAUACUAAAACCUAUUCAGACCUCAUGUACUCCGAUAAAACAAACACUUACCCCUGGACCGUCGAAUUUUUGUACUUGUAUAUACCUCCUGCAGGGUGCUCAGGCAUGUAUGCCCUGCAGGCCAAUAGAAGUGCGAGAAUUUGAAGUUUGCGCGUUGGUGCUAGUUUUAACGCGGCGUAAAUGAGAUUUGAAUAGAUUGUAUUUGUAAAUAUAAAUAAUAGCUGUAUAUCCAGAUUACCAAUAUAAUUUCCAGGGGGUAUUUUAUUCACCAUAUCCGUUUAUUUGUUAGAUUGCUGUUUAUAGAUAGAAAUAUACUGGAUUUAUUUUCGGUGUAACUCAUUCCUGUUUGUGACGUGGAAAUGACAAAAGUAUUGAAUGUGUGGAUUGAUAGCCCCUUUGUUAAAAAUGGCAUACUUUAAACCAGAAUAUUUUACACAAUGUCCACAUCUCAGUUAAAUAAAUAGUGUUCCCUUGAUUUGGGUGUUUUUUCUAUUACCUCU